AUGCCUCACCACACAGAAUCACCACCUCGAAAACGCGCGCGCACAGGUUCCGUCGAAAACGGUGGCUCCAUGCCUCCCCUUUCUCUGUCUAUACUCGGUGUGGAGCCACUCGAUGAAUUCAUAAAAGAAAUCGCAGACUGGGUCCACUAUCAAAUCCAGAACGCACCGCCAGACGUCCAGGGAAAGAUCGAGGUUGAGGCAAAGGUGGGGAUCUUGCGCGACCGAUCCAACCAGCGGUUGAUGCUGCCAAUACUCGUAGAAAGCAUUUUGAAGCCAGACUGGAGUGAGAUACGGUUCGAGUCGAAUAUGAGCAUGCAACAGCACAAACAUUUCAACACCCGCUUAAACGAGCUCAAAUUAUCGUCAUCUCAGCCGUCCUUCCCCGCCUCGCCACUGGGAUACAGCCAUCUGCAUCUAGUGGACUCAUUCUAUCCUUCUGACGACAACAAGAACAAAAUCCGCGUGACGCGAAAUGAGAAAACUGGCGAGGUCGUUGAGUGCAUGCGGAAAAUUCGGCUGGGCGAUCUCAACGUGUACAGCCCGAAAAGAGCAGCGGAUUGGCGAAUUAGUGUCAGCCUUGAAGUUCCUGUCACCCACCCUAUCGGGUCCGCGACGCAUUCUCGCAAAAAGGACCGUCUGAGCUACUCGCACGAAGAGUUCAGUAUUGACCUCACUCAAGUGACCUCUUCGUCAUCGCCCACUGGCGCACCAGAACUGCUGCAUGAGCUUGAAAUCGAAUUCGCCAGACCCGACGUGCUCGUCGCGGCUGCACAUCGACGCGGUGACCCCAAUUUACCAGAAUUGGAGCGAAGCGCCUUCGACGAGCUUAUUCGUGCUUUUGUCAACAAUGCCCGUAUCUUGGUCCGAAACGCAGAAUAG